AAAUUUUAAAAAUAUUUUGGUUUGUGUUCACUUUUCAAAGUUAUAAAAAAUAAAUACCUCCAAAUUAGUUUAUCAUGGUACAUUCAGAUGUGUGAUUACUGAUUAAUUUAAAGAGUAUCAGCGACAAUAAUACCGUUGAAUGCCACUUCCACAGAAUCGCAUCGUUUGUAAUAAUUACGAAAAAAAGGGUACAAUCAGAUGCCGAAGAAAAAAGGUCAAAAAAAGGCAAAAAAUUCCACAAUAUAUGCACACAUAAGAGAACAUGACCACAAUCUUGAAAAUGAGGUUAUUGAUGAUGAAGCAUGUGAAAUCAAAAAGUCGAACAAGAAAAAACGCAAUCACACCUCAGAAGGUGAUAACAUUGAUAAUCGCCUAGGUGUAGUAUAUCCAGAAAUCAUUUGGUAUCUCAUCUCUGCAUUUGUUCAUCCUGAAGACGUAGGUACCUUUGCAGCAAUCAAUAAAUCAACAUAUGCUAUAACAAAACGUGAAUCGUUUUGGUACUCAUUGUACAAACGGUAUUGUGCCAAUCACAUGAAAUUGCCUAAAAAGUUACGUAUUGAGGAGAACUAUAGAGCAUAUGGGCUUCGUCAGAGGGUUAUUAGGGCAUUGUAUCAUACACAUGAUGUGUUUUUAGAUAGAACGGCCAAAGAAUCGGCAUAUGAUAGCCGGCCGCAUGCCCUGGUGGGGCGGAGGUGUGUAAACUCAUGGUUUACGAAAGGCCAGUUGAACUGGUCUGUGUUCUUCAAGCUUAAGAAGCAAGGGGAGAUUAUUGUUAAGGAUGGUACAGGAAGAGUGGACGCCAAUCCUGAGGAGGGUACUAAAGUGUUACAGGUAUUUUGCAAGACAUUAUACAACAUGCCACCUCUAAUGGGCCUCACACUGUCAACUGUUAGUCUCACACUCUCCCAGGGGUUUUCCUCCCAGAAACUGCAUCUAGGUUUCAACAAAGGUAAUAAUGUAUCAAGAAAUUUAUUUCCAGAAUGUUCCAUAGUACUUGAUUCAGUUGUUAGUAUGAAUGUUUUUGAUUGGUGGCACUCAAAAUACCCUCAUUUUGAAGUAAAACCACCGAUAGUUGAGAGGGAGGAAGAUUCUACACCCGUUUUGGAUGUUGAUUUCUUUGAUAUGUGUGAUGAUGACAUUAAUUUGUGACUGUGAUAAUAUAUUUUGUAAAAUAAA